GAAUUGCAUUUCCUUGCAACGUUUUGUUGGUGGCCAUUUAUUUGUGUUCGUUUUAGUAAAAAUAUUAACGCGUUUGUAAAGUAUGGAGCCCAUGACGCUAGGCAGUCCUGUUAAUAGUCCAAGCUCAAAUGCAGCUGGAAACAACCAAAACCAAAGCCAGUACUUACCGCCCUUCCUCAUGGGCGAUCCACAAACAAUGCCUUCGCACAACAACACACUAUCUCCAAAGCCCGGACGCUACAAUGUGAGCUUCGGACCCACAUCGCCCACUCAUAGUGCUCCACAGGAUUUUAAUCGCUCGGCCUUGGGCACGCGCACGCUAUUUGGUGGUGCAAGCUUCUCAGGGAGUGGCGCAGGUACACCAAAUACCGUCAUAUCACCCGGUUUUGGUCCCGUUCCGCUUACUCCACAGCACACUACAAGCCAUCAAACCGGGCCGCCUACCCAGGGUUUAUUCGACACGCUGCGCAACGACAACAGUAGCCUGACUACACAACGCACGCAUUUAGGUGUCCUGCAGACCCCACAAUCACACCUAAACACAACGCCCUACAACAUGAGUCGGGCCAACUUGAAUUAUAGUUUAAAUCAGAGCUACAAUCAAGCAGGGAACAAUCACCUGGAUGAUUCGUAUCUGCCCAAUGCACCUAACGCUGUGAAUGCUUCGAUGCGUGCUCUAUGUUCGCCGCUUGGCGCCAACAUGUCGCCACUGGGGACGUCGCCACAACCACGCAACGCCGAUUUCUGGGUUACCAUCUUUGGCUUCCCUCCGGGGGGAACAUCUAUGAUUUUGCAAAAUUUUACGCAGUGCGGCACCAUUAUGGAUGUGGUGCAUGCCCCACAGAACGGCAACUGGAUGCACGUGCGCUUCUCUUCUCGGAUCGAGAGCGACAGAGCACUUAACUACAAUCAAAAGGUGAUUGGCGGCAAUUUUAUGAUCGGCGUCAUACGCUGCACGGAGCGCAGCGUCAUCGAUAAGGAAAACUCAAAUGUAUCCAGUAACACAGAUGUGGAGUUGACCAGACCCAAGGUGCGUCCAUUGGCACAGCAAUCGUUCAAGAUAGCUCAGCAAGAUAAUGCCGUAUCGCCCAACAAGAAUGUGCCACAGAAGAGUACCGGACUCGUCAAUAAAGCAAUUGAUUUGUUCUUCGGCUGGUGAUGAGACGCAUUCCAUAUAAAAGCUUCAACAACGUUUUAUUUUUUUUUUCGUCUUUGCCAAUAUUUUAAUCAUUAUCAUUAUCUUUACAAAGUUAUAGAAAUCGUUAUUAAAUUGCUCACACACUCA